AUGGCGCCGCCCCACACGGGCAAUCCGGACACGGUGGACACCUACGGCUGGUACGGCCAGUACCACGGCCACCCCAUCCGGCCCUGCGAGAUCGUCGAGCGGCGGCUGCGCGAGGACAAGAAGAAGGUCGUCUUCUUCGCCGGCGACAGUUCGUUGGACAACAAGUUCUGGUUCCAGGACAGCGCGCCGGCGGUCAACGGCUACGAGACGAUUUUGGUGCCGCCGGAGAUGAAGCAGGACGUGGCCUACCACGUCAACAAGCUCUUCGCGGACCGCGCGCCGGGCUGGGCGCAGGGCAGGACAAGAGAGCGAAAUUCCCAACUUCAAAGGCUCCUCUCUCGGCCGUUUUCCACUCGCUGGGCGGCGCUGAACACGGCGAUCGAGGCGACGUCGCUCAACGACCGCGCGUUCGGGCGGCUGCUGGACCAGGACGCGUUCCUGCGGGACCAUGUGACGGAGGAGGACGUCGUCGUCGUGAGCGUGGGCGGCAACGACAUCGCGCUCGCGCCCGUGCUGUGCACGUGCGCGAACAUCGUGCCCUUGCUCUGCGCGGGGCUCUGCUGCGGCGAGGCGCUGGACGCGUGCGCGUGCGCGUGCCCGCCGGACAAUCGCGUCACGGCCUACGCGUCGAACCUCGUGGCGAAGCGGAAGCCGAAGCUCGUCGUCGUGGCGAUGAUCUAUUACUUGGACGUCCACGGACGGGGGUCCUGGGCCGACGGCACGCUGCGGCUCCUGGGGUACAACGCGAAGCCGGAGCUGCUGCAGCGGGCCAUCCGCCACGUCUUCAAGCUCGGCACGCGGCGCAUCCACAUCGACGGCGUCCCCGUCGUGGCCCUGCCCUUCUUCGAGAUCCUCGACGGCUCGGACACGGCGGACUACGUCGAGCGCGUCGAGCCGAGCCCCCGGGGCGGCGCGAAGCUCGCCGCGGCCAUCGUCGAGGCCGUGCUAACGAACGCCUAG